UCCACUGUCACAUCAACCGGCUGUGAAGGUACAGUGCAUGGAUCGAUUGCGUCUCCUCGUUUGCUUCAACUUCUUUGUUCUUUUUCAAAGAGACUUAACUGAUGUUCCUGUUACUGCCAUUUAUCCCUACAAUGAUUGUUAAUGAGUGUCCAACAUCCUAUUCUCUUUAAUUUUGUAUUCCCCGUCCCAAUUAUCGAAAGACGACUCGCAAAAUGUUUCGCGAACUUAAACAAUUCACGAGCUUAAUUGCUAUCACAGACUUUAUUUCCCAUGCUGAAUACGAAAUUGGUUCUCUGUAACCUCUGAUGGAAUAUCCAAUGAGGCAGAUAAUUUCGACUUGUUCAGUAUCAUUCAGACCUCAGUCACUGUGCAAGAUUGUCAUGGAGAACCCCUUCGAUCACCCGUACUAUAGAAUUACCAAAUAUGGUUUGCAAUUUAUAGGGCAUUGGCCGUUUCAAUCAGCGAAGAGAAAGAGAUUUUUACGAAUGUCGACACUUCUCAUUGUUAGUACAAUAUUUAUACCGAAGGUAAUUAAAUUCAUCGAGUCCCUAAACGAUUUGGAUAUCGUCUGCGAAUGUGUCCCUAUUCUCGGUUGUCAUCUAAUAGCUUUCACCAAAUUUAUGAACUUGACAAUAGUGGAGGACCAAAUGCGAAAUUUAUUACUAUCUAUCGAGAGAGAUUGGAGGGAAAUGAAAUUGAAAUGUGAUAUCGAACUGCUUCAUAUAUAUUCGGAACGUGCACGACGUAUAAAUCUAUUUUAUGCAACAACCAUCUACAUAGUUGUUGGUAUCUAUUUUUGUUCACCUGCAGUUCCAAAGGUUUUGGAUUAUUUCAAACCACUGAACGAAAGUCGGCCACGAAUAUUUCUCUAUCAAACCGAAUACUUCAUUGACCAAGAGAAGUAUUAUAUAUAUAUUCUAAUUCAUGCUUAUGUCACGGUGUCUAUCUGUCUAGGUGUCAUAGUGGUUUUUGAUAAUUUAUUUGCAACUUUCAUCAACCAUGCAUGUGGAAUGUUUGAAAUCCUGAAACCAUUUCCGACGUAUUUUAGAUUACACUUGGAAACUUUACAUGUAAAGGAUUAUACGCACGACCCAAGGCCACCGAAAAUGAUAUCAGAUCACUUUGAAAUUACCAUAAAUGAAAUAAAAAGAUGUUCUGGCCUGCAAACGCAGAAUCUGAAAUUUGUGGAAGAACUCGAAUCAUCUUGCAAUAUGGGUCUUCUGAUUAUCGUUGGAAUUAACAUGCUAGCGAUCCUAUUCACUGGAAUAGUAGCUGUCAUCAAAGUAUCCUCUCCAAAUGAGAUGAUUAGGUUCGCAUUUAUCUGCUUCGGAUUAAUCUGUUGUCUAUUUUGGAUUAGUUGGUUGGGACACAUUCUCAUAGUACAAAGCGAGACUGUCUUCAUCUCAGCGUAUCAAAGUGAAUGGUACUUAAUGCCUUACAAAUUGCAACUAAUGAUUAUUCCUGUUAUGAUGAGAAGCUUGAAGCCAUGUCGAUUAACAGCGGGGAAAUGCUAUGUUAUGUCAAUGGAAAGCUUCGGAGCGGCCUUAAGGACAGUUCUGUCUUUCUUUAUGGUUUUUAAUUCAAUGAGAUAAUGAGUUUUUUGGAAAACAAAGUCCAGCACUUGAUGGACAUGUAGGUCCAAUGUCUAAAAACUUAAUGCGAUAUAAUUUAAAGGAACUAUCCAAUACUGUAACUGUACAUGAAUAAGUAAUAAAAAAUGAGGAUAAGUAAUGAACAGA